CUGGGGGGAUGGGAGUAACAUUAAGUAACAGGUUAUCUGAUAGAGGUCGGUACUCAAUGAUUUGUUUUUAAAAUAUAAUUGUAUUUACUUUAUCAUAAAUUAAUCCACUAUUAUCAGAUGUGGUAGCUUUUAAAGCAUCUUAAGUGUAAGUCUUUUAUUAUAAGUAUUUUUUCCCCUAAUAUUUCCUCUUGAAUCUUUCUCUGAUACUUAGUUUAAAUACUUAUUCAUACCUGUCUUUUAUUAAUAUUAUUCUCUUAAGAUAAAUCAGCUAAAUGGAGGUAUUUCUAGGUCGUUCGAAAGUGAAAAAGCCCGUGCAAUUACCAAAGUCAUCAUUAUCGACAACAUCGUCAUGUUUCCUGUCGGGUAGUAAUAGUAAUAGCAGUAGUACUUUACCAUUUCCAAUAUUGUUUAAAGAAGAUUUCACGGAAUUCAAUUCUGAUCAUGAUGGUAUAAACAGUUGUGAACAGUUUACAUUUCAAGCGGUUUUAUUAAAUGGUGCUAAGACAUUAAUCACUGAUUUGGAACAAAUCAAGAUACUUCGAAAAAGAGGUUGUUACGGUUUCAGUCAGAAUAAUGAUUUUAAUCUUCGCAAUAAAACCAACAGUAUACCUAAAGAAUACAGUACAGAUGAUGACGACAAUGAUGAUAAUGACGAUGACGGCGGGGAUACGUCAGAUGCAGAGAAUUCAAUUUAUGAUUUUUGUAUUUCAGAAGGUAUUGAAAAAACAGAUGAAAAUAUUUCCAACGAAACGGACGUUACACAUUUAAUAUUGAAUGAUGUAGAAACGUUGUUUUUACUCCAUGGACUUGGUUGUUUAGACGUUUACUUGCCACCUAAUGGAAAUUCACAGUUUCAUUCAACCAUUGAAUGUCAACAGCUGGAUCCAUUGUCUUUGACUGAGGUUUGGUUUUGUCUGUGUACAGGAUCUGUUGAUUCACCUUGUUUACAAAUUCAAUCAGCACGAGAACAGAUUGAAAAGUAUUCAGAAAAGGAGCUCCAUCUAUUACGCCGUUAUGCUGUAUAUAUAUAUUAUAGAUCUAAGGGUUGGAUUGUACGCCCUGGAUUAUGUGUAGGUGGUGCUGAUUACCUACUUUAUGCUGAAGAUCCCAAUUGGAGACAUGCUUCAUUUUGUGUUCUAGUUGAUAGGGAUUCUACAGCUAAGGAUGGAGAACAAAUGAAUUGCAGUUCAAUAGCUGCACAUGUUCGUGUUGCACAUUCGGUUGGUAAACGUGUGAUACUUUGUCGCGUAAGUCUCCCAUCAAUCGAGGAGUUUUCUAACAAUCCAUGGGAAGCUGUUCGGAAAACAACAAUUAAGGAAACUCUCAUUGAUUAUUGGAAACCGAAAGCCAAUUAA